AUCAGACAUCAGACUUCAGACUUCAGACCUCAGAUUAAACUUUUCUUUGUGCAGCAUAUGAUUUCAUUGUUUGAGAUGGUUUAUAUCGGUAGAGUAGGUAUCUGCUAUCCAUACUACUCUAGCAAGAGUAAGAGUAUCGAAGUGAUGAUUAAUGAUAACCUUAUAUGAUUUCCUAAACACAUUGGCAUCUCCUUCAACUGAUCGACUGACUGACAGAGUCAAACUAUCAUCUACAUGUACGAUUACUACGACAUGAUUCAAAAAAGUCAUGGCAUGACCAUGAUUCAUUCAUUCUCUUGACCAAAAAGUCAAUUUUACUACAGUAUUACUGGAUUGAAGAUCCUUGAUAACUUGGUAAAACUACCAGGUACUUCGUAAAGGACUUCUUAAACAUUCACUAGGAGGGAAGUUAGUUUCCUAAGGCUAGAUAGACAUCUUUCUCUCUCUCCAUUUUUUAACUAAUUUUUUCUUCUCCGUUCUCUCUCACUAACAAAUUCCAUCUGGAUUCGUCUUCACCGUCAUUUCAUAAGUCAAACCAUCCAAAAGACCACGCGCCCUCUUUCCCUACUUGGCAAUUUUUAUCUAUCAUUUUAUAUCUUUGCAUGCCUGGCAGGCAAUAGUCAACCCCAGGGGGUCCGUCUUCGAUCGUCCAUAGCCUCUUACGAUACCGCCUUAUACGAUUAUACCGAAUAACCUCGAUUGGGAAUCCACUUCCAGCCCCUCCCCGACUAGGAUAUCAUCAAUCUCAAUCCCUAGAUAGAAAUCACCUGAGGGCGACCUUCUACACGUUACUAUUACAAAUACGUUCAUCGUUUCUUAUUUAGAUCUUUUUCUUUUGAAUAUAAUAGAAUCCUUUCCUUUUGGAUAUUCAAAACUUAUCAGACCAAGUAUUCAAAAUGACUACCGAUCUUCUAUCCCCAUCUCAAGUCAACGACUUUGACUAUGUCAUUGUUGGAGGUGGAACAGCAGGAUGUGUUAUUGCUAGCAGACUUUCCGAAUACUUACCAAAUAAGAAGAUUCUUAUGAUUGAGGGUGGUCCUAGUGAUUUCAAUAAUGACAAAGUAUUGAAACUCAAAGAAUGGCUUACAUUACUUGGUGGAGAAUUGGAUUAUGACUACGGAACCACGGAACAACCAAAUGGAAAUUCAUACAUUAGACACUCACGUGCUAAGGUUCUUGGAGGUUGCUCCUCUCACAACACUCUGAUAUCAUUCCGUCCAUUCGAGUAUGAUUGUCAAAUUUGGGAGAGUUUGGGAUGUAAAGGAUGGGGAUUCAAGACCAUGAUGCGUCUCAUUGAUAACCUCCGCAACCAAACUAACCCUGUUCAUCCACGCCACAGAAAUCAAAUUUGUAAGGAUUGGGUCCAAUCUUGCUCUACUGCCAUGGACAUUCCCAUCAUCCAUGAUUUCAACCACGAGAUUCGUGAAAAGGGUGCUCUCGAACAAGGAGUUGGUUUCUUCUCAGUAUCAUAUAACCCAGAUGAUGGACGAAGGAGUUCGGCCUCCGUCGCUUACAUUCACCCAAUUCUCCGCGGUGCCGAGAGUCGACCAAACUUGACUAUCCUCACCAAUGCCUGGGUCAGCAAACUUAACUUUGACUCCAGCAAGACUGUCAAGAGCGUAAACGUAACCUUGAAAUCCGGCGAGAAACUCACCGUCUCCCCUAAGACCGAAACUAUCCUCUGUGCUGGCGCAGUCGAUACCUGUCGUCUUAUGCUCCUCUCUGGAGUUGGCCCUGCCCAACAACUCAAAGACCUUAACAUCCCCGUCGUACACGACCUUCCAGGUGUAGGAGAGAAUCUUAUCGACCACCCCGAAUCCAUCAUCAUGUGGGAACUCAAUGCCCCCGUACCACCUCAAACUACCAUGGACAGUGACGCUGGUAUUUUCCUCCGUCGUGAACUCCCCAACGCCGCCAAAAACCACAUCCACCCAGAACUCAACCCUAAAGCUCUCCCAGAUGGCACCAUUGCAGAUAUCAUGAUGCACUGCUACCAAAUCCCCUUCUGUCUCAACACUGCUCGUCUAGGCUACGACGCCCCUCUAAAUGCAUUCUGCAUGACCCCCAACAUCCCCCGUCCCAGAUCCCGUGGACGUAUUUACCUCACCUCCUCCGAUCCCUCUGUAAAACCCGCCCUCGACUUCCGCUACUUCACCGAUCCCGAAGGCUACGAUGCGGCCACCAUUGUCGCCGGUCUCAAGGCCGCACGUGAAAUCGCAAAGAAGGCACCUUUCUCAAACUGGCUUCUCCGUGAAGUAGCACCCGGCCCAGAAGUUCAAACUGAUGAACAACUUUCCGAAUACGGAAGAAAGGUUGCUCACACCGUUUAUCACCCAGCUGGAACUACCAAAAUGGGCAGUGAGCAGGACAAGAUGAGUGUGUGUGAUGAGAAAUUGAAGGUCAGAGGACUUAAGGGUGUGAGAGUGGCGGAUGCUGGUGUUUUCCCAACGAUGACUACAAUCAAUCCUAUGUUGACAGUUUUGGCAAUUGGAGAGAGGGCAGCGGAGAUGAUUGCACAGGAGGCUGGAUGGAGAGGAAUGGUGGAACCGAGGUUGUAGGUUUUGUUUGGAGAAAAGAAGACUUGGGUAUGUGCAUAGGGAUACGGAUACGGAUAUUAUUAUAGUGGGCAAAUUUCAAAUACAUAAGUAGUUGUGUAUGGUUGGAUGGAUGAGAAUUAUUUUGAUUUUGCACGCGAAGCAAUAAUGCG